CAACGCGAUGUUCAACGGCAUUUUCCGUCAAACGUAGAGGUAGCCACGCUCAACGCGCUUAUUUGAUCAACAUCAUUCUCAAUGCCGUUGUCGAUAAGCCGGGUAUAGUUCUAGCGGUUGACGAAAAGGCAAAUAAUAUGACGAUCGAAGAGUUGGAAAAGCGGAAAAAUGAAUUGUUCAAACAAAUCAAUAUCGCGAUUGAUGAUAGUGUAAAAUCUUUACUUCAAGCGAACGACACUGAAGCUGCUUUGGGUUUACAAUAUAUGCAUGAUCUCAAAGAACACAUUAAAGAAUUAAACGCCACAGAAAAUUAUAAAGAAGAAAAAGGAAUAGAUGUAGAUUCUAAAUCAGAUUUAGAGAAUAGAAGAUAUUUUAAAAAAGGUUCAAAAUAUUACAAAGAGUUCAAAAUCAAACCUAAAAACGGUUUGUUUGAUUUUGAAGCUAUUUUGAAACCCGGAGGGAUCACAGAAAAAGAAUGGAAGAAGCUGGUCGAGGAUCGAAAGAAGAUGCAAGAGAAGCUAGACUUAUGGAUAUUGGAACGAGAGAAGGAAAGGAAAAAAAUAAAAAAGGCCAAAGAGGACAAGAAAAGGUUAAUGAAGUCCGGGAAAUAUGAGAAAUGUCCGAGAUUUGGUUACCACGGGAAGAAGAAGACAGACAAAACGAAAAAAGGGGAUAGAAAUAGAUCUUGUAAGUUUAAUUCGGGUAAGGAUUGCCCAAUACUAGAUGUGACUGACGAGUCGACUGAAAGUGAGGAGCAGAGGUCAUGGGUGACGUACAAGAAUAAGUACCCAUGUUGCCGGAAAUGUUGUAAAAAGUCUUACAUGGGAUGUCUAUAGUGAAAAUAAAAUAUUCUUCUUGCA